UAUUAUAUACUAUUUUCAACGUGAACAGGAUACCAGUUUCUACUAAUCAAUCGGCUAAGAUAUCAGUGCAAACAUGACAUUUUUCGGUACUCUACUCGCGCUCUGUGUUCUUUAUAAAGUUGCGAGUUCAUCAGCCAUUCCAGAUGAACAAGUAAAAAUUAUAGAGGGAUUGAAAAAUACCACCCAAUCGAUAAUCGCAGAUCUUAACCGGUAUGAAGAAAAAUUACAAUCUGAUGUCAAACUGAAAAUUAAUCAAGUUAAAGUUGACGCUUUGGGGCGAAUGGAUGGGAUUGUCUAUUAUGUGAUUCAUGGAAUUGAGACUGCCGUGAGUGCAGUAAAUAUUACAGGUUCAGAUGCUGAAUCUUGUCACCAGACUGCUAAAGCCAGUUUGGGAAAAUUGAACGAGACUGCUUACCACAAUUUUAAUAAAUGCGUUCCAAUUUCUUUGUCCGCUGUUGACCCACUCUUGAAGAAUAUUACAUCCGCAAUUCAGAUUGCCGGUAAGAUUUCAAAGAACCUCGAUAACAUUUUAUCCGACUGUUCUUCUGCAAAACAACCAGCAACAGAAAAGUGUGUCGUUCUAAAAAUUCAAGAUUAUCAACUAUCGAUAAAAGAGCUGCAAAUCAGCGUUUCUAAAUUGAAGAAUGCUCAGUUUUCCGCUAUAAAAAAUGCGAAAAUUGCAGCGAGAUCUUGCCACGCAAAAAUAGUCUAUGCAAUGCGUGUAGAAGCUACAUUUAAGAUUUAUCGAGACGCUAAUCUCUGCAUUAGGAGUAUUUAUAAAGCAGGGUUUUAAAAUAAUUAUUAGUUUUAAGGCUAAACAUCUCUAUUUAACAUCAUCAAGUUUUUAAAGACAAAUUUCGUAUGAACACACAAACGAUUAA